AUGGACGGGUUCGCCGCCUUCUUGGAUGAGGCCUCGGAAUGUGCUCUUGCGCCUGGGCCCCGGCCUGUGACCGUCCUGGAGGACUUCAAUGCUCAUACAACGACAUCGGGAUCCCCUAAGACGAACACGAGGGGACGGAUGGUGGUGAAGUGGGUGGCGGGCCUGAAACCCCGGCUGUUCAACAGAGGGGCGUCGUGCACUUGUGUGGAGUGGCGGGAAGAUUGUACAGUGGAUCUCACUUGGGCUAACUCCACUGCCGCACGCAGAGUAACAGCAUGGGAGAGGGAUCGUUGCUCGGGGCAAGCUGAGGGCGAAGUGGACGCACUGUCGCGGUGCAGCUUCACCCACUGCAACGAAGACUUAUUGCUGGCUGCAGCGAUUGCCGUAACAUGGGGGGCGGAGGCCUCUCCGAUGGAGACAGCUGACGCUGCGGCGGACAGGCUUGGCUCCAUGACCCAAGCCUGUCCCACCAAGCGAAUCGGCGCCAUGUACUGGUGGACGGAAGAGCUGAGUAAUCUCAGAAAGAGAUGUAUUCUCUUCGCCGGUACACGAGGACCCGGCGGAGAAGACGGCGCGGGUGUGGGAACAGCUCCUGGCUGCCCUGGAUUCGAAACCGUAGGGGCGUCCAUACAGGACGAUGCUAGCGAAGCUGCAUCCAUGGACACCCCCGGACACGGAAACAAUGAAACCGGAACUUUGAAUAGAGUUGUGACGGCUCUCUUCCUACUAGUGGGGGAAAAGGCGAGGCCACCAAUGACCUGGCCGACAAGCAUGGGAGCGGACUGGACCACUGACCUGGAGGUGACAACCGUGGACCUGCCAGAGCGGUCAGGAAAAUAG